UUAGCAAAGUCUCCUGAAUUGGAUGCUAAGAUGUCAGACAUUUGUUAUUCCACUGCGGCAGCUCCUACUUAUUUUCCUCCUUAUAACUUUACGACUGUUGAUGCUAAUGGAAAGCAGUAUCAAUUCAACAUGGUUGAUGGUGCUGUUACUGCUGCCAGUCCGGCCGUAGUAGCCGUUACCGCAGCAGUGAGACGUGCGACGGAAGGGGAUCCAGCAUACCGCUCUAUUAAGUCAUUGAACUUCAAAAAUAUUUUGGUCAUCUCAUUAGGAACAGGUGAUAGUACAGAUAUUGAUACUCCAGAAUCAUACACAGCAGAAGAGGCAGCUAAAUGGGGUGCUUUUGACUGGCUAUGGCAUAACAAUACCAGCCCUUUACUUAAAGGGUUAGUUUCAGCAAGUUCAUAUAUGGGUGAUUAUUACUUGGCCACUAUCUUUCAGGCUCUUGAUUCAGAAAAGAAUUACCUCAGGGUUCAAGUAAGGCCAUCUCCUUCAAUAAAUUAGUAAUUAUUUUUAUGU